AUGCCAGGAGAUAUGGGCCGCUUGAUCACCUUUCUCACCUUGGCGGUUGCGCCUCGCAUUUGGGCGGCCACAGUACAACUCACCGGACAGACCGUUUACCUGGCUGGAGUGGCCUACUACCUCCCGCCGACCCCUGUGACUACGAUACAAGGCAAUACGGCGCUCGGGCAGAAAGCGCUAAAGGAAGGAUUGCUCCCUAUCGCAGUUGUUACAGAUGACUCGGAAGAUAGCCACUUCGAUUGCCAGAGCGCCGUCUCAAAGUUCAGUGCUGUGGACGAUGUCUUCACGGAAGCCUUCGCGGGCAGCAUAUACGUACAGGCCACGGGGAGCACCGCAUCCAACGCCACAAACAGUACGAUAUAUUCUGUCAAUGUAGCGGCGAAUGCUGCAAUACCCGAAGGACCCUACUUCCUGUCAUCCAGCGGAGAAGUCUACGAGGCGUGGCGACUGUAUACCGACUUUGCCGGUGCAUUCACCGAGACGUUAGUCGGGGCCAACGGCGACACGUUCGGUGUGCUUCCAGCAAACAUUGCAGGCCAGCAGCUAGCCGUGGCCGUACCCUCGAGACUCUACUAUACGAAAACGGCCGAGAAGCCGCUUGCGGGAGUACGUCUUGGCAUCAAGGACAUUUAUGAUGUUGCAGGAGUUCGCACCAGCAACGGCAAUCGAGCCUGGUACCAUCUCUACCCUCCAGCCACUGCAAAUGCACUUCCUGUGCAACGUCUGGUCGACGCAGGUGCUAUCAUUGUCGGAAAGAUGAAGACCUCGCAGUUUGCGAACGGUGAACAGGCCACUGCGGACUGGGUCGACUACCACAGCCCGUUCAACCCAAGAGGGGACGGAUACCAGGAUCCCAGCUCCUCCUCAUCCGGCCCGGGCGCCGCAGCUGGAAGUUACCCGUGGCUCGACCUUACGCUGGGCAGCGACACAGGAGGGUCGAUUCGUGGACCUUCUGAGGUACAGGGACUGUACGGUAACCGACCUAGCCAUGACUUGGUAGCUCUGGACGGCACGAUGCCUUUGUCUCCGCCUCUCGAUACUGCUGGAUUCUUAACCCGGGAUCCCCUGUUGUGGGCUGAAGCAGCGAAGGCCCUUUACUUGUACAAUGUCACCAUCUCCCACUCAUAUCCCAAGCAAAUCAAGCUGUAUGGCUUUCCGAAGAAAGUGUCCGAGCCUGGAGACGAUCUUCUGCUUGACUUUGUCUCGAAGAUUACAGCGUAUUUGGGUGCAAAUACGACAAACUACGACGUGGAGAGAAGCUGGAGGAGAACUCACCCGGCGAACACAAACCCUAGCAUCUCUGACUAUCUGAACCUAAUAUACCCGAUUCUUAUCUCUAAAAACCAAGUCGAUCUCGUCCGCGAGCCAUUCUACGAGGAUUAUGCCGCAGCUCAUGAUGGCCGCAAACCUUUCGUCGACCCCGUAUCGCUCGCUCGCUGGGCCUUUGGAGAUUCAUUCCCUGAGUCUGCGGUCGCUAAACAGAAUGCGAGGCGGGAAAUCUUUGCAGAUUGGUUCGCCGAGCACGGCCUCGCGCCUGACCCAGAUACCUGCAGCGAUAGCAUCUUGCUCUACGUUGGAUCGCAAGCCAGCAUAAACUACCGCAAUCAGUACAUCAGUGCUCCUGUUGCGCCGUAUGGAUUUGGGAUUAGUAGAGUAUCGCCGUUUUGGGGUGGUCCGGACUUUGUGCUGCCGAUUGGGCAAGCAUCCUAUCGCUCCGAAAUUACAAAGCACAAGGAGUUCCUCCCGGUUACCGUCGAUAUUAUGGCUGCGCGAGGGUGCGAUGGGAUGAUAUUUGGCCUUGUCCAGGACUUGGUAGAACAAGGCAUCCUCGAGCCUUCUGUUGCAGGACAGAGUAAUGUUGGUGGCGGUGAAGUGCUAUUCAAGCGUGCAAGCCAGUAG